UAGUACUUCUGAAGAUCCCGACCGCAUUAGUGGAAAUAAAUUUUGUUGAUGAUCAUGAUCUCAAGAGGCGACAAAACCGGUCUUUUGUGAUAUGCAAAAGCUCAAUAUCAACCGGAUAUCACUUGCUUUACCCGCCCAAUCCAAAUACAGUCAUGUUUCUCCAGCGAUCUUGGCUAGCAGCAGUAGCAGAAACUAACAAAAUAUUUUAGGGACUGACUCGAAAACUCCCUUUAGUUACUGAUUCUCAUAGAUAUCGCCUAUUUUUGAUAAAAUGUCGGCGGCAGCUGGCUCUUCGGCUGGAGCGGCUAGCAAGAAGCCCAUGAAAAAGAAGAAAGACAAAACCGCGACAAAGGUCGUGUCAGCGUCGAUUGCUGGAAGCGAUAAGAGAUCGACACCUGAGGGAGCAAAAGCGCCUCCUGCGUCGUCAUCCGCGGAAACUGCAACGACUAAAUCUUUGAAAUCGAAGGUCAAGAAAGCGAAGACAGGGGCGAUGAAAGUAGUAACCGGGACGUCAUCUUCCUCGUCCAGUAGCAGCGCAAGCACAGGUAGCGCAGCAGCACCCGCAUCUAUACACGCAGAGACGCUGCAAGUGCAAGACACGAACCUCGAUCAGCAUGACCCUCGUUCUCAUGAGCCACAGUCUUUAUUCGAUGAUGGGAGCAGUGACGAAGAAGACAGAAGCCAGAAUCUUUUUGUCAAGGCAAAAUCAUCCAAAAACAACCCAUCAGCCGCAGCGCAGCACGAUGAUCUCAACAGGCUGUCCGUGAACAGGCAGUUUGCGGAGAAGUUCCAGAAACGGAAAGAUGCCGAGGAGCUCGCGUACGCCCGGAAGAUCAUCGACGAGGAGGGCGGUUCGUCGUCGUCCAGCGAAACCGAGGACGAGGAUGGCAUGCUGCUGCAAAACGAUGUGGAUUUCAAGGUUCUCGACACAUUACAGCGAAUUCGAAACAAGGACAAGUCGGUGUACGACGGCAAGACCCAGUUCUUUUCCUCCGCGGACUUCUUCGCCGAGAGACGGCAAAAGAAGGAACAGGAGAAAAAAGAGACAGCAGGAAAUGGUGGUGAAAAAAAACCGGUGCUCUACAAGGAUUUACUGCGACAAACGCUGCUCGAGGGCGGUGCGGAGGCGUUCGAGGACGAUGAAAGAUUGGUCGCUGCGAAGCGAAAUCAAAACAACGAGGAGGAUCUGGCGGACAUUAGGGCACAGAUCCGCGCGGAAGUGGGGAAAACGGAUAAUGAUGAUGCUGGAGAGCAGAAUGACGACUCGGAGGACGACGGCGAAGGUUUGUUCAGCGUGAAGAAACCGAGUGCUGACAAAAAUGCUACCGAAGCGCCGCUUACUGACGCUUUUACACACCAGCAGGGAAGUUCUACUUCAUCCGAAGGCGUUAACCUGCACAAGAAAAAAAGCGCCCAGUCCCUCCUCGCGAACAAGUACUGGGGCGAGGAUGAAAAAUUGACCGAGAACGAAAAGUUUCUCCGCGACUACAUUUUGAACGAGGGAUGGAAGGACCCGACGGGGGCCGGGUUCGGUGGCGUGGACGACGCGAAAGAAGUGGAGGACGAGGAGGCGCUGGACGAACAAGACGAUUUUGAGGCGGAGUACAACUUCCGCUACGAACACGGCGGGUUGGGCGAGAACGGGGAAAUCGCCACCUUCGCGAGAAACGUGCCGAACUCCGUGCGACAGGUAAUAGAAAUGAAUUGGUUUUUUCUGUGGUUUGUACCAACCGUAUGUGAAUUUGAAUUUUAGGUAGUGUGGCAGUAGAAAAGUAUGCUUUUUGAGCGUCAUCCACCAGCAAUCCGCAUCCCAAUCUCUUCCCCCGCCCACAGGUCGACGACAAGCGUAAACGCAAGCGUCUGGAGCGCAAGGAGCGAAAAGAGCAGGAAGCGGUGCGCAAGUCCGAGGAGCUGAAGCGGCUGAAAAACUUGAAGCGCAAGGAACUGCAGCGACGCCUCCGGCAAAUCGAGAAGACGACCGGAAACACGGGCGCGCUGGUCGCGGAGCCGGAGAAGGAAGACCCACUGUUGGCGGACUCCGUGUUCCAUUUCCAAGAGGAGGAGGACGACACUGCCACGGCAGCCGGCACCGCCAGCGGGGCGGCCGAACGGAAGUACGCGAAGAUGCUAGAAAGGGAUUUCGAUCCGGAAACGUACGACAAGGAAAUGGAGGAGUUUCUGGGCGAGGACUAUUACGAAGGUGACGAGGAACUCGAUGAGAAGGAGUUGAAGGCGCUGACGCGAGAGGGCGAAACAGAGGAAAACUGGGGCGACUACGACGAGGAGUGGGGAGAGGGAGGUGGUGAUUUUUACGACGAUGCAGCAGAAUACAACAACGACAAUUUUGAAGAUGGCGGUGACCAAAACGAAGAGAUGGAGCAAAAAGCCCCGAACGACGAAGAUGCGCCUGAUUUGUGGUUCAUCUGCGACGAAUGUAAAAUCGCGAUAUUACCAGGCAAGAACUACUACGAGUCGCCACAGAAGCAGGACUUCACGCUGUGUCAGAAGUGCUUCAAAGCCCCAGCGAAAAAGCGGAAGGAAAAGUACACGAGAAAAAAGGUUCCAGCACACUGCCAACCGCCGGAAAAUUGGGAGGAGCUGGUGAACCAGCAGGGUGACGAGGAGGGGAAUGCAGGCGACAAUGAGGAAAGACAGCAGGCACUACAAGUGGAACAGCUUGAAGAUGAUCCUGACGACAUUUACAAGAUUCGCGACUUUGGGCCUCUGAAGUUCCAGUAUAGCACGGUGAAAGCCGAUUCCUUCAAUUUGACGACGGAGGAAAUUCUCUCAAAGUCUGACAAGGAGCUAAACAAGAAGGCGUCCCUGAGAAAGCUAACCAGGCCGUACUUCGAUACCUCGACCUAUCGCGACGAGCGCACGGACCGCUACUUGGAGAUGAAGAAGGAGAUGAAGCAGCAGAAGCGCAAGAAGCAACACAAGUCCGGCGUGGAAAGAGCGCGUUUGGACGCAUACAAGGUGAAAAAUCCGGUGUUGGUCAAGAAAAACAAGAGCUGAGCGCUUGUUUCGAAGAAUCAUUCUGUCGCGCGACGGCAGUAAGAAUCUUCCAGGAUUAUGUACGGACAAAACGACAUCAUUUUCGCAUAUGCAAAGUUAUCUGGCAAAGAAAGUCAAAAGCAAAACUAACGCACCUUGGAG